AUGGCUCCCUCCGUCGUAUCCUACUCCAAGUGCCCUUUGCGCACGAUCAAGGAGAUCCAGUUCGGCCUCCUCUCGCCGGAGGAGAUCAAGGCGAUGAGUGUAGUCCACAUUCUCUAUCCCGAGACUAUGGAUGAACAAAAGCAGCAACCGCGACUUCAGGGUCUCAACGAUCCCAAGCUCGGCACCAUCGACCGCAUGUAUACUUGCGCGACCUGCAAAGAGGACAUUCAGGUCUGCCCAGGGCAUUUCGGCCAUAUAGAGCUCGCCGUGCCUGUCUUUCACGUUGGCUUUAUCGUUAAAAUCAAGAAGAUUUUGGAGACCGUCUGCCACAACUGCGGGCUGAUUCUGGCUGAUUACAACCACCCCGACUGGAAGUCAGCCCUUCGGCUGAAGGAUCCGAAGCGGCGGUUCGAUGCGAUAUGGCGACUGUCCAAGACCAAGCGAGAGUGUGUUACGGAUAUGCCUGAAGAGGACAACAAGAAGGGUCCCAAGAUUUCACACGGUGGCUGUGGCAAUAGGCAGCCGGAUGCAAUCAGGAAAGAGGGCCUGAAGCUCACGGCGACAUUCAAGCCUAAGAAAGACGACGACGAAGGAAAGGGCGAGGAGAAAAAGACCAUCUCUCCCCAGGAUGCACUCAACAUCUUCCGGAAUAUAUCCGACAACACGCUUCAUCUGCUCGGUCUGAACGCCGACUACGCCCGGCCUGAGUGGAUGAUCAUCUCGGUUCUCCCUGUACCACCUCCCCCAGUUCGCCCGAGUAUCUCUGUCGACGGAACUGGCCAAGGCAUGCGCGGCGAGGACGAUUUGACCUACAAGCUGGGUGACAUUAUUCGAGCCAAUGCUCGCGUGCAAGAGUGCAUUCAGACCGGUUCACCCCAGCAUAUCCUGAAUGAGUUUGAGAGCCUUCUGCAAUACCACAUUGCCACCUAUAUGGAUAAUGACGCAAACGGAGUGCCCCAGGCAAUGCAGAAAUCCGGCCGACCGCUGAAGACAAUUCGCGGCCGUCUAAAAGGGAAGGAGGGCCGGCUGCGAGGCAACUUGAUGGGUAAGCGUGUAGACUUCUCUGCUCGUACCGUUAUUACCGGCGACCCAAAUCUUUCCCUGGACCAGGUCGGUGUCCCACCCAAGAUCGCUCGAACCCUCACCUACCCUGAGGUUGUAACCAAGUUCAACAUCAGCAAGCUCACUAAUCUGGUACGCAAUGGCCCAAAUCAACAUCCUGGUGCCAACUAUGUCAUUAAGACGGAUGGUACGAGGCUCGACCUGAGGCAUAACAAGAACUUGGACCAGCUCCGACUGCAAUACGGCUGGAAGGUUGAGCGACACAUCGACGACGAUGAUGUCAUCAUCUUCAACCGACAGCCAUCCUUGCACAAAGAAUCUAUGAUGGGUCAUCGCGUCAAGGUCAUGCCCUACUCCACUUUCCGCCUCAACUUGUCCGUCACAUCUCCCUACAAUGCCGAUUUCGAUGGGGAUGAGAUGAAUCUCCACGUCCCUCAGAGCGAUGAAACACGUGCGGAGAUUAUGAACUUGUGCAUGGUUCCUCUCAACAUCGUUUCCCCGCAACGAAAUUCCCCUCUUAUGGGAAUUGUACAGGAUACGCUCUGUGGCAUCUUCAAGAUCUGCCGCCGAGAUAACUUCCUCACCAAGCAACAAGUCCAAAACAUCAUGAUGUGGGUACCUGAGUGGGAUGGUGUUAUACCCCAGCCUGCCAUUCUCAGGCCAGUUCCGCGGUGGACCGGCAAGCAAAUCAUUAGCAUGGCGUUGCCCUCGGGUGUCAACAUAAUGAGGGCUCCUGAUGAUAGCGCUACCCCACAUAACGACAUUUCUGACGAUGGCCUGUUGAUCCAUGGGGGAGAGGUCUUAUGGGGUCCAUUGAACAAGAAAGCUGUUGGUGCCAGUGCAGGCGGUGUUGUGCACAUCAUCUUCAACGAAUAUGGCUGGAAGGCCGCCGUUGGUUUCUUUGAUGCCGCACAGCGCAUUGUCAACUACUGGCUCUUGCACAACGGUUUCAGUAUUGGUAUCGGUGACACGAUUCCAGACGCAAAAACGUCGGGUUUGAUCAACGAGAAGAUUACCGAAGCAAAGCGGAACGUCGAGGACAUUGUUAAGCAAGCGACUGCGAACGAACUUGAACCUGCGCCUGGCCUCAGUGUGCGCGCAACCUUCGAAAACAAAGUCCAGAAAGCGUUGAACGAAGGUCGUGAGGGUGGCGGUACUGCUGCUGCCAAAAAUCUGAAAGAUUUUAACAACCUAGGCCAGAUGGUUUCGUCCGGUUCAAAAGGCUCUAAUGUCAAUAUUUCGCAAAUGAGUUCCCUCGUUGGACAGCAAGCUGUAGAGGGUCAGCGCAUUCCGUUUGGAUUCAAAUAUCGAACAUUGCCCCAUUUCACCAAGGACGAUUAUUCUCCUGAGUCACGAGGAUUCAUCGAGAAUUCAUACCUGCGUGGUCUCACUCCCACCGAGUUCUUCUUCCACGCUAUGGCUGGUCGUGAAGGUCUGAUUGACACAGCAGUCAAGACGGCCGAGACGGGCUACAUUCAGCGUCGAUUGGUGAAAGCUCUCGAAGACGUCAUGGUGAAGUACGAUGGCACGGUCCGAAACUCUCUUGGAGACAUUGUCGAGUUCAUUUAUGGCGAAGACGGCCUUGAUGGUGCGUUCAUUGAGAAGCAGAGGAUCGACAUCGUCACUUGCUCCCACACAAAGUUCGAGCAAAGAUUUCGAGUAGAUGUUAUGGGUGACGAGUUCCCCAUUCCAGCAAAAGAACUUGAUCUUGCUGGCGAAAUCCAGGGAGACAUCGAUGUCCAGCGGCAUCUGGACGCCGAGUGGGAACAACUGCUCAAGGAUCGUGCGUUCCUCCGAGAACGUGCUGAGGAUGACACCGAACAAUGGCAACUGCCUCUUAAUAUUAUGCGUAUGAUUCAGACUGCGAAGACCAAGUUCCGAAUCAAAGAGACCGGCAGGAGCGACCUCCACCCCGUCGAUGUCAUCACCAAAGUCCGCGCGCUUCUAGAUAAGCUUGUCAUUAUCCGUGGUGAUGACCACUUGUCUCGAGAGGCUCAAGAGAGUGCGACCCAAUUGUUUAAAUGUCAUCUACGAUCACGACUCGCGUUCAAACGCCUUGUCACUUCUGACCACCUUAAUAAGUUGGCUUUCGAGAAUGUCUUGGGAGAUCUAGAGAACCGAUUCCUCAGGGCUGCGGUUGCUCCUGGUGAGAUGGUCGGUGUCCUUGCCGCUCAGUCGAUCGGGGAGCCAGCUACUCAGAUGACUCUCAACACUUUCCAUUUUGCUGGUGUGUCGUCGAAGAACGUUACACUGGGUGUUCCGCGUCUAAAGGAGAUUUUAAAUGUUGCUGCCAAUAUUAAGACUCCCUCUAUGGUUGUCUUCCAAACCGAAGCAGAUGCUACCCAGCAAGAGGCUAAAUUUUUGCGAAGCCGCAUCGAGCAUACAACCCUUCGCUCCCUAGCUGAAACUGUCGAACUCUAUUACGAUCCUGAUAUUCACUCUACAGUCGUAGAGGCUGAUGAGGAUAUGGUCGAGUCAUACUUCAUCCUUCCAGACGAGGAAAUUGAUACCGAACAGCAAUCGAAGUGGCUUCUUCGCAUUACUCUUGAUCGCAAGAAGCUUCUUGACAAGAGUAUUUCAAUUACUGAAGUUGCUCGUAGGAUCAAAGAAGAAUUUGCUCCUCACGUUGCGGUAAUCUUCAGUGACGAGAACGCUGAUUCUCAAGUCUUGCGUGUUCGGUUCAUCUACGAUGUCAACUUGGCAAAGGAAGACGAGGACGAAGAGGACAGGGACGAACGGUGGAUGCGCAAGCUCGAAAAGCACCUACUUGAUGAUGUCAAUCUCCGCGGCGUGCGUGGUAUUGACCGAGCUUUCAUUCGAGCGGAGAUAAAGAUGCACUACAACGAAGAUGGUUCUAUGAUCAAAUCGAAGAACGAUACACGAUGCCAGGAUUGGAUUCUUGAUACUAAUGGCACCGCCCUCGCUGAGGUACUUGCUAUCGAAGGCGUGAACCCAAGGAAAACCUAUUCGAAUUCGUUUAUCGAAAUCCUUGGAGUGCUCGGAAUUGAGGCAGCCCGAGGCGGAUUGCUGAAAGAAUUGGCGAUGGUCUUGUCCUUUGAUGGCUCCUAUGUCAACCACCGUCACAUGGCACUUCUGGUGGACAUCAUGUGUCAGCGCGGUAUGCUUAUGGCCAUUACUCGCCACGGCAUUAAUCGAAACGAUACGGGCGCGUUAAUGCGCUGUUCAUUCGAAGAGACAGUGGAAAUUCUUCUAGAGGCUGCAGGCAACGGUGAACUUGAUGACUGCAGGGGUGUGUCGGAAAACAUCAUGCUUGGCCAGCUCGCUCCCAUGGGUACUGGGGAGUUCGAUCUUGUCAUGGACAAUGCCAUGUUGCUCACCAUGGUCGAAGAUAAUACACAAAUGCGCUCUGGAGCUGCCGCUGGCAAUUACCUUGAUAAUGGCGCAGCUACCCCGUACGACCUUGGCUCUCCUUCUUAUGAGGGAGGACUGGGCGGACCAACGUAUGACGCAACAUUCUCCCCUCUGGCCGCUGCUGGUGGAGAUGAUAGUGGAGGUUUGACCGUAUGGAUCCAUGAGUCCCGGCUUCGGCGGAACAAGCCCAACCUCUCCAGGCUACUCGCCGACAUCCCCUGGUUAUUCGCCAACCUCGCCAGGGAUCAGCAGUCCGCGCUUCGGAGCGACAUCGCCAGGCUACUCCGCCACCAGCCCACAGUAUUCGCCCACGUCGCCGAACUACUCUCCUACCUCGCCAGCCUAUGGCUCGCCUACCUCUCCGUCAUACUCGCCUACCUCGCCAAGUUAUUCGCCUACAUCCCCAUCCUACUCUCCCACAUCUCCAAGCUACAGCCCGACCUCUCCGGCGCAGAUGGGUCGUGGCGCCACUUCACCUCACUAUAG